AUGGUUACAAACUAUCACAGAUCCAUUGGCCCUCCUAGAUGUUCUCUUAAGAUUGACCUCAAGAAAGCCUAUGAUACUAUGAGUUGGCAAGUUGUUUUGAUUACCAUGAAGAACAUGAGGUUUCCUGACAAGUUCAUUCAUUGGAUCUUCUUAUGUAUGUCUAUUAUUAAGUAUUCUGUUUUAACUAAUGGCUCCCCUUAUGGGUUUUUUUUUGGUGCUAAAAGAGGAUUGAGGCAGGGAUGUCCUUUAUCUCCUUAUCUUUUUGUCAUUGUUAUGCAAAUCUUCAACAACAUUCCGAGGAAACAUGUGGAUAAUGGCUCUUAUGGUUUUCACUCAAGAUGUUCCCUGACAAAGCUCACUCAUUUGUGUUUUGCUGAUGAUUUGUUAGUCUUCUUUAAAGGCUCUAUUACUGCUGCUACCACUCUCAGCUUCUACUCUGGAAUGAAACUAAACAAGCAAAAAGCUUAUUUCUAUACUUUUCCCAUUGAUCCAUAUGUUUUAGAAGAUAUCAUAGCUUGCCUUGAUUGUUCAUCUGACAAAUUGCAUGUUAGAUAUCUUGGAGCGCCUUUACUAUUUACCAGACUAUCCUAUGCUGACUGCCUCCCUCUUAUCUCUAAAGUUCCUGCCAGAUUUAAAUCUUGGAAAUCUAAGAAGCUUGCUUUCCCUGAGAGAGUGAGAUUAAUCAAAGUUGUUCUUACAAGUAUGGUCCAAUUUUGGUCCACUUGUUAUAUUCUCCCUAAAAGAGCCAUUUUGGAGUUGAAUUCUAUUUUUAAGAGAUUCUUAUGGUCUGGCUCUGAGCUUGGCAAGAAGCAUAACCCCGUUAGAUGGGAUACUAUUUGUUUAUCUUAUGAAGAAGGGGACUUGGGUAUCAAGGAUCUAAAAACUUCAAAUUUGAGACAUAUAUGGGAUAUUGUUUCUGGUAAAAACUCUAUAUGGACUCAUUGGGUGCAUAGGAAUCUCAUAAAGAAUAAAGAUUUCUGGUUAUUACAUAUUCUUCAUGAUGCCUCAUGGUGCCAGAGAAGAAUCCUUGAGCGUAAAUCUCUUGCUCAAGAUCAGUUAGGUCAUAUUAUAGAGAAUGGGGAUAAGACAAAAUUUCUUACUGACAAUUGGCAUUCUAAAGGCAAACUGAUUGACUGGUUGAUGAAGCUGUCAUUGAAGACUAUGUUCCUAAUUCUGAUGCAAUGGUAUCUGAUUACAUUAUCGAUGGAAAUUGAAUCUGAAGCUCACAUGUUUCAUGAGUGCCCUUUCUCUGCUCUCAUUUGGAAUGACUUACAACUGAAGAUGGAAUAUUCUAGAGGCCUAUAUAUAUCUUGGGAGGUUGAAAUUCAAUGGUGCUUAGCUCACUUUUCAGGUAGUGACCUUGUAAGCUCUAUUAAGAAUAUGGUGUUUGCUGGAUUUAUUUACCAGAUAUGGAGAGAGAGAGAGAGAGGAAUAACAAAAAAAUUGCUAAAAAGAAGUGCUCAGCUCAUCAAAUGGAUUGGUCCUAAAAGGAAUGCUAUUAUGAUAAAUUCAGAUGAGUCUCUUAAAGAAACUACUGCUGGUUUUAAUGUCAUCCUUAGAACUGAUCAGGGAGUGGAUUGUACUUUUGGUGGUUGCAGCCAUGUGUUAGUUGCUACUCAUGAACUUCAAGGGGUUGAGUUGGGUCUGCAGCUUGCUUGUCAGUUACAGAUUCAUAUGAUUCAUAUUAAUAUUGAUUCUAUAGUCGUCUUCCUUCUUUUAAAACAUAUUGAUCCUAAUCCUCCAUGGAAUAUGUACUAUAUCUGGAAAAGAGUUAUGGCUUUGUUGAAAUUAUUUGAAAAUGUGGAGAUCAGACAUUGUUUCAGGGAAACUAACAAAGCAGCAUACCUUUUGGCCAGUUACCACCCUAGUACAAUAUUUGUGAGAUUGAAUUCUGAGCAGUUCAGUCAGGAGCUACAGGCUAUUCUUCUUGAAGACAAAAAUGGGAAAAUCUAUCUGAGGUAG